UUGACUUUGGUCAAGAGGCGACUGAGAGUCCAGAAGGUUCUUACGGGUGUAAAAUGCUGUCGACGAUAAUUUUGGCGCCCAACCUAAACUAAAACCCUAGACUACUCUUUACUUUCUUUUGCUAGAAGCUAAUCAACAGCAAUUAACCGGAAAAUAUGUCAGGCUUGAGGUUCGUUGCUGAAAGAACCGGUGACAGCGCCGGACAGCCAUUCCUCGACACCGACAACGGCGAGGAACUCAUGUAUGUUCAGCCUGGAACUGCCAUAGUCCUCGGCAGCCGCCCUCCUGAGUCACCUGGCACUCUCUAUAUCACCACCAAGCAAGUGGUAUGGCUAAGCGAUACAGAUAGGAGUAAAGGUUAUGCUGUUGAUUUCCUGUCUGUUUCACUUCAUGCUGUCUCUAGAGACCCUGAGGCUUAUCCGGAUCCUUGUUUAUAUGCUCAGAUUGACAAUGGAGUGGAGGAUGACCAAUCAGAAGGUUCCAGUGAUGAGGCUGAUGAGUCCACAGAUUUAUCAAGGAUCACUGAGUUGAGACUUGUGCCAUCAGAUCCUAAUCAAGUGGAUACUCUCUUCCAGAUCUUUUGUGAGUGUGCUGAGCUUAAUCCUGAACCAAUUGAAGAGGAGGAAGAAGAGCAUAAUUGGAUCUUCAGUGCAGAUCAGCUGGAAAAUCAGGAAGCUGCUUUAGAAGAAGAUUCUGAAUGGAUGAUUUCUCAAAAUUCUACACAUCCGAUUGGUCAUUCAAAUGGGGAUCACGACUUAGCUCAUAAUGUGCUUCAGCUUCAAAUUAAUGAUCAAAGGUUUGAAGAUGCGGAGGAAAUGGACAGUGACAGCAAAAAUGGUCAUCACUAGGCCGUCACCAUUUUUUGUCAGAUUGCCUUAAAGUGUGUCAACCUGGUCGGGCUUCUCUCAUUUCAGAUGUUCCUGUGCAACUGUUGAUUUGAAUGAUUAGAUCUUUUGCCCAAAAUGAUUAGAAUUCUAUACAGGAAAUAGUAGUUUUGUCAUGUCACAAAUAGUAUUGCAUGAUUAAUGCGAGCGGAGAUGAUAUAAGCUCAGUUGUAGGCACCUUCUCUUGGUUUUUUCCUGUAUUGUGCUGUUCCUUCUUGUUUAUAACUGAGUUAUGAUGACCUUUAAAAUUUCUGGCGAUAUUUGCUUGUACACUUUAAUCAAGUUAAACUUUCUCAGUA